AUGGGAAACUUUAACUGUAAAGUUAUAAUUUAUGAUAGCCAUAUUCGGGUAAACCCACAAAUAUCGCUGAUCUUGGCACUUAAAGUCGCCUUUUUAUCAGGCAUGAAUCACAUGUCCAAGGAUUAGCUACUAGGGCAAAGCCAUUAUCUGUGAGGUGCCCUGUUGGUCCCAAUGAGCAGGAACCGUGAGGUAGACAAAUCCUACCUAGCCACCUGUUAGGGACGGAAACCUUAGGGAAAGAAACCAAACUUCUCUAUUCGGCAAGGCUGCCUAAGCCUGAAGGCCUAUUUCAAAAAGGCAAAGAGGCCCUGCUUUCAGUUUCAUCAGCAUUGAUUCUACCAACUCCACAAGGAGUGUGCCUUGGAAUCUAAUUUCUGUCAACGAAGCCAUUUCCUUUCUUUUAACUGCAAAGGAUGCGAUUGUACAAGCAUGCUGAGGCAGCAUGAGUUUAGUAUAGGAAAUAAAGACAUAUCCCAAGAACUGACGACUGAGUAUAAAUUAACAUCAACAUUAACAUCUCAAGGAAAGGCUAGCAAGACCCUUCAAAUCUCAUUUGAUGACGCAGUUGAAAAAAUAAAACCUCUGGCACCAAAAAUCGUAGCUGUAUGACAGGGAUAUGUCUCGAGAAAAUACGUAAAGCAUUUGAAAAAACAAACAAAACCGAAUUAUUCAUAUUUUUCUAAAGAAGAAAUUUUGGAAACUUUAAGCAAGACACGCAAUGCAUCUGCCAUUAGAGAAAAGCGAAGACUAUUUAGACAUAAAUCAGGAGCUGCAUAUAUAGGGGAAUGGUGUGGAGGCUUUAAAGAUGGCUACGGGAGAAUGGAAUGGCCUGAUGGAGCUAAAUACGAAGGAAAUUUUUCAUAUAGUAAGCCUCAUGGAUAUGGAAAAUUUGUACAUAUUGACGGAGAAGUUUACGAAGGAGAAUGAAAAAGGUCUUAUUUAUCCCCAAAAGAUAUUUUUCGGACCGGCUCAAAUUUAGCUAAAUGAAAAGAUUUAGCUAGUGAUGGAUACUUAUGACUUUGGCUGAAACAAGAAAUCUUUAAAACAGAAGCUCCAAAAGAAAGCCGCUUAAGUGUUUCAAGCAAUAAAAACGUCAAGAAAAUACCUAUAAGGUUUAGAAGCAACACAGCACAAGCCGAUUUUACAGAAGAGCUGCUUACAAUUAAAGAAAAAUUUAAUAAAAUUGAAGAAGAAAUUAAGAAGUAUAAAAGAAUGAUAAAGGAACUGUCAAAGCCAUCAAUGCAGCUAAUAAAAGGCCAAAGAACCUAUUAUGAGGAACAUUAUAAGGAUGGGUCUGUUUAUAUAGGAGAAUGGCGCGAUGAAAAAAGAGAUGGAAGAGGAAAGCUUGUGCUAAGUAAUGGAGAUACACAUGAUGGAGAGUUUAAGCUUGAUAAAAGGCAUGGGAUUGGGCUAAGUACGUGGGCAUCAGGGGAUAUUUAUAUAGGAAACUACCAUGAAGAUGACAUUCAUGGUAUCGGCGAGUAUAAGUGAGCAGGCGGUAACACAUAUCUUGGUGAAUGGAAAAACUUCCAAUUUCAUGGAAUUGGAAGAAUGAAAUACCGAGACGGAAAAGAAUAUUUAGGCAUGUACAUAAAUGGUAUAAGAUAAAUCUCCAAAAAUGCAGAUAUUUUAAUGAAGAUCACCAAAGAGCUUGGCUUUAUUUUAAAAAAUUGUAGAAAGGAUAUUAUUUGCAAAAAGAUUUUGAAAUAAAUAUAAAUGGUAUAAAAGCAGGGCUCGGUAUCAUGACUUAUAAAGAUGGAAGCAGAUAUGAAGGAAAAUUCAAUCAAGACAAACCACAUGGAAGUGGUCUGCUUUAUGAAGCUAACGGGAAGAUUACAAAAGGAGUGUGGGAUAAUGGCAACAUUGUAGAGCCAUUUCAAUUUGAUACAUUUUCUAACUAA